GAGAAGAUGAACAUUUCCAUUCCGCGUGGGGACGUAUUUGCUUUUCAAGGAACUGUCAUUCCCCAACAGGAAAACAGCAGGUCAGAAGCAGGCAGAAGAUGGAUGGAGGUCCUCACACCAGGAGUACUUUCUUCUGAUUUUGACUUAGAAAGCUAAAGAUCUGCAAUUUCCCUCCGGUUGGCCGUCCUGCAUGGGUGCCAAGUUCCACACAUGAGUUAAUGAAUAAGAAGGAGAUGUCAGUGAAGAAAAGGAUCCAGAAUGAUUACUAACCUAUGACUCCCAACAGUAUGACAGAAAAUGGCCUUCCAGCCUGGGACAAACCGAAGCACUGCCCAGACCAAGAGCACGACUGGAAGCUAGUAGGAAUGUCUGAAGCCUGCCUACAUAGAAAGAGCCAUUCAGAGAGGCGCAGCACGCUGAAAAAUGAACAGUCACCACAUCUCAUCCAGGCCACUUGGACUAGCUCGAUAUUCCAUCUGGACCAUGACGAUGUGAACGAUCAGGGUGUCUCAAGUGCCCAGACGUUCCAAACAGAGGAGAAGAAAUGUAAAGGGUACAUCCCCAGUUACCUGGACAAGGACGAGCUAUGUGUAGUGUGCGGUGACAAAGCCACCGGGUAUCACUACCGCUGCAUCACAUGUGAAGGCUGCAAGGGUUUCUUUAGAAGAACCAUUCAGAAAAAUCUCCAUCCCUCCUAUUCCUGUAAAUAUGAAGGAAAAUGUGUCAUAGACAAAGUCACGCGAAAUCAGUGCCAGGAAUGUCGCUUUAAAAAAUGCAUCUAUGUUGGCAUGGCAACAGAUUUGGUGCUGGAUGACAGCAAGAGGCUGGCCAAGAGGAAGCUGAUAGAGGAGAACCGGGAGAAGAGACGGCGGGAAGAGCUGCAGAAAUCCAUUGGGCACAAGCCGGAGCCCACAGACGAGGAAUGGGAGCUUAUCAAAACUGUCACUGAAGCCCACGUGGCCACCAAUGCCCAAGGCAGCCACUGGAAGCAGAAACGGAAAUUCCUGCCAGAAGACAUUGGACAAGCACCAAUAGUAAAUGCCCCAGAAGGUGGAAAGGUCGACUUGGAAGCCUUCAGCCAUUUUACAAAAAUCAUCACACCAGCAAUUACCAGAGUGGUGGAUUUUGCCAAAAAGUUGCCUAUGUUUUGUGAGCUGCCAUGUGAAGACCAGAUAAUCCUCCUCAAAGGCUGCUGCAUGGAGAUCAUGUCCCUUCGUGCUGCUGUGCGCUAUGACCCAGAAAGUGAGACUUUAACCUUGAAUGGGGAAAUGGCAGUCACACGGGGCCAGCUGAAGAAUGGGGGUCUUGGGGUGGUGUCUGACGCCAUCUUUGACCUGGGCAUGUCUCUGUCUUCUUUCAACCUGGAUGAUACUGAAGUAGCCCUCCUUCAGGCCGUCCUGCUGAUGUCAUCAGAUCGCCCAGGGCUCGCCUGUGUUGAGAGAAUAGAAAAGUACCAGGAUAGUUUCCUGCUGGCCUUUGAACACUAUAUCAAUUACCGAAAACACCAUGUGACACACUUUUGGCCAAAACUCCUGAUGAAGGUGACAGACCUACGGAUGAUUGGAGCCUGCCAUGCCAGCCGCUUCCUGCACAUGAAGGUGGAAUGCCCCACGGAACUCUUCCCCCCUUUGUUCUUGGAAGUGUUUGAGGAUUAGACUGACUGGCUUCAUUCUCAUAAUUCCUACAGCACUACUGGGUGUCAUUUCA